GUUUUGGCAGAUAACCACCUGCAAGACUUCACCGACAGACACACCUGAGACUCACCUGCACAGGCAUGGAUGACGAUGUCGCUGCCCUCGUUGUUGACAACAGCUCCGGCAUGUGCAAGGCCGGCUUUGCCGGAGACGAUGCACCCCCCUACUUCCCCUCCAUAGUCGGUUGUCCUUGAGACCAGGGUGUGAUGGUGGGAAUGGGACAGAAGGACAGUUACGUGGGAGACGAGACCCAGAGCAAGAGAUGCAUUCUGACCCUGAAGUACACCGUCCAGCUCGGCAUCAUCGCCAACUGGGAUGACAUGGACAUUGCAGGGUCCAGUACCUUCUUAAAGCGCGAGUAGGUUUACCCCUUCAGUCUGCAGCAGAUCUAACUUAAGGUUUGCUGACUUGGUCUUUAAAAGGUUCUACUGCCCCCAGUGGGUCUGUAAACAGGUUGUGCAUGCUGGUAAAAUGUCUCUAUAACUAACAUAACCAAAUCCUUGGAAACAUUUUUUGUUUUUCCAUUUGAAGGUUAAUUGGCAGUGACAUAUUAUAAAACAUGAGCAAUAUGUGUGCAUGAAUCUAGU